CCUCUUGCCGCCCUGGGCCUUGGACCAUGGCCCUGAGAGCAUGUGGCUUGAUCAUCUUCCGAAGAUGCCUCAUUCCCACGGUGGACAAACCUGCAAUUGAGUUUCUACUGCUGCAGGCAUCAGACGGCAUUCAUCACUGGACUCCUCCCAAAGGCCAUGUGGAACCAGGAGAAAAUGACUUGGAAACGGCCUUCCGGGAGACUCAGGAGGAAGCCGGCAUAGCAGCCGGCCAGCUGACCAUCAUUGAGGGAUUCAGAAUGGAGCUCAAUUAUGUGGCCAGGAAGAAGCCUAAAACAGUCAUCUACUGGCUGGCCGAGGUGAAGGACUACAACGUGGAGAUCCGCCUCUCCCAAGAGCACCAGGCCUACCGCUGGCUGGGGCUGGACGAGGCCUGCCAGUUGGCUCAGUUCAAGGAGAUGCAGGCCGUGCUCCAAGAAGGACACCAGUUUCUCUGCUCCUCAGCAUCUUGAGCUGACCAGAGCAGAGUCAUUUACCUCAGUGGGAUCCUUGAGGGCCUUCUGAGAUGAACAGUGUCAGCCUCGGGGAAGGUUGUGUGGGUCUUUGGCUCAUCGUACCAAAGAGCAGAUCAGUUAGUAAAAUCAGCUGAGGACUCUCAGAGGAGAGCAAACAAACGUCUCAGCUGGGUGAAAAGGAAGGCAAAGGAGGAGUUAAGAAAAAAGUCUAGGUGCAGUAAGUGCGUCCUUGUAUUUUAUAAAUAAACUUCAGGCAGCUUAUCUGUCCAUCUAA